GUUGGUGGAGGAAUGCUUGUUACCUACUCCUUUAUAGCUUCUCCACUCUCUACAAAACAAACACAACACACACACACACACAGUGCUAACAAAAAAGUAAAAGAAAAUCUCUCAAAUGGAGAAACACAAGACAUGUAAACUCUGCUCAAGGAAGUUUGCUAAUGGUAGAGCUUUAGGUGGACAUAUGAGAUCUCAUAUGAUGAAUCUCUACAUACAACAACAACAAAAACAUCACCAAAUCAGUGAAGAAACUGAGUCAAUUCCAUCGUCUUCUUGGUCAUCAGAAGAAGAAAAUGGAGAAAAAUCCAAAAUUUUAAAUCUUUCUGACUUCUCUGGAGAAGAAGCUGCUGAUGACUCAGUUGUUCUUCCAGAUAAAGAAAGUGAAACCGAGUCAUCAAAAAACCCAACUCGUUCAAGAAGAUCCAAAAGGGUUAGGAAAUCAAGUAUCAUAAAUCCCAAUUUCGUGAAAGUUACAGAGUACUACUCAUCAUUGGUUGAAACAGAGCCAGUUAGUUCAAUCUCAGAAACUUCACCUGAAGAAGAUGUUGCACAUUGUUUGAUGAUGUUAUCUAGAGAUAAAUGGAUUAAACAACAAGUUGAUCACUACUCUGACGAAGAAGAAGAAGAAGAAUAUAAAGAGGAAAAUUCUGGAGUACAAGUUAAAGUAAUUACCAAGAACAGAGGUAGAGGUAAGUAUAGGUGUGAAACAUGUAACAAAAUUUUUCGAUCUUAUCAAGCAUUAGGAGGACACAGAGCAAGUCAUAAGAAGAUUAAAGUUUCAAAUUAUAAUAAUGAAGUGGUGGAAAAUGUAGGAGUAAUUGAAGAGAAAAUACAUGAAUGUCCAAUUUGUUACAGAGUUUUUUCAUCAGGGCAAGCUUUAGGUGGACAUAAGAGAUCACAUGUUAUUGGUGUUUCAACAGCAGCAGCAAAUAUUAGUGUUCCUGUUUUUAUUCCAACUGCUGCAAAAUUAGAAUUUUCAAGAAAUGGUGGAAGUUUAAUAGAUCUUAAUCUUCCUCCUCCAAUGGAAGAAUUAGAUGAUGAGAUUAUUAGUCAAGUUGAGGUUUCUGCAGUUUCUGAUGAUGCUGAAUUUGUCAACCCCAUUAAGCACUGAAAUGAAAGGUAAAGUUUUGAUCUUUUACUUUUUUCCUAAGGUUGUAGGCAGGGGCGUAUCUAGAGCACAGUGUAUGGGUUCCCGGGAACCCAGUAACUUUUGCGUAGACCCUGUAUUUUUAUUAAAAAAUUUACUAAAUAUCUAUAA